AUGAGCGCCGCAAUACAUUCAUCCCUUGCGAUUUUACUGUCCGAUGUGAACAAUCGCGAGACUCAGCGUCAGAACGUACACUCAGCGGCUCGAACACAUCCUCAAGCUACAGUUGCUGAGCAAUUCAGAAAAGGAUCAGCCAACUUUAUUAAUCAAGCUAUAACAGCAAGCAACCUCGGUGCCAUGGUCCAGAUGGGCAACGAUCACAUCGCUCCAAACUUCUAUUCAAGAAUCGACAACUACGUGCCUGCGCACCCUUUUGCCGAGUACGUUGAGAAUCUACGUCGUUUCAAGGUGGAAUUUCCCACAUCAGAGUGCGGCCCGCUGGAUGCGGACGUGGAAGUCGACGACAAAACCCGGCCGCGCCAUUGUUUACCAACUGCUAGAAAUCACCGGUCAUUCGUUGCGGCUGAGAAGACUUAG